UUUGAUGGUAAUAGCUUUUUUUUUUUUGGAGGCAUUUUAUAUCGAGUCGGGACCCCGUGGGUUGUGGGCAAUCAUAUCUUGUCUCUUCUCAGAACCUGCGACACCUCGAAUAGGUAUCCCAUGUGAACGAACGACGUCGUCUUUCUGGAUAUCCACAGCAUCGAAUGUGGCCUGCCGAGGAUACCUUAGCUUGCGGGGAUGCGCAGCGGAGAGGAAGCUCGAGCCCCUGGUGCGCUGACAGGUCAAUGACAAUUGCCAAUAUUCGAUCAGCAAAAUAACGUGUGAGACAUGCAGCGAACCAGUCCGACGACAUUGCCUCUUUUUGGGGGGGAAGAAGGAGAAGAAGGAGGGAAAAGAAGAAGGAGCAAGGGCAAGGGCAGUGGCAAUGGCGAUAACGACAUGAUCGAUCCUUCAUCUCCUCCUCCUCCUGGAAGUGGGACAGAUGCUCCUCCCCCGGUCCCCAGCAAAUCGCCCAAAUCUCCCUGGAAUAAUAGCCCGUCGUCUGGGAGAUCGCGACCGCGACCGGGGACCAGUUCGGGCGCUGCUGCUGCUGCUGCUGCUGCUGGCGGAGACGCCAAGUGGAAUCCAAUUCCAAUUCCAGCUCCCUCGCCGUCAGGGGUGCAGGGCCAGGGACCCGUUCAGGCACAGGCACAUGCACGGGGGCAACCACCACUACCGCCGUCAAUACCACCACCUCCAUCAUCAUCACCCAGUGCAGCGCAGCACUCGCCAAUCACAGCCGCCAGGCCCAGCAUUAGCCAGGCUAGCGCCAGCACCAACGGGAAUAGCGCCGCUGGUCUACCAGAUCCCCGCCAGCACAAGGUCCUCCACAAGGACCCUAAAGAUCCCAACACCCAAGAACGCGAGAAUCGCGAUCGCCAGCCUUCAUUCGGUCGCAAGUCGUCCCUUUCGUCCCUCAUCCACCGACAUCGCCGCGCCGCUUCGUCCCUAUCGACAUCCGGAGCCCCAGGGGGAAAUGGCCCUGGCAGCGGAGCCGCAGCAGUGACGAGUCGAUCCCGAAAACCGUCCCUUCAACCCGUCGGCACCACCAGCCACAGCUCCUUCAGCUCCAACUCGAUCCCGCCCGUCCCCGGCAUUGCGCUGGCCGCCUCGCGACUGACCGACGCCGUACGCCCCCCGCCGUCUGCCACCACCGAGACUGUCAACUUCUCGAGGAUGUUGAGCCGCAGCACGCCCACGCCGGUGAAUGGCUUCGGGCCCAGCACCACACAGUUAGCGCCUCCCGCUAUGGUGGCUCCCGGGCCCCAAAGCGAGCUGGGCGAGGUGCACGCGCGUAUACAAGAGACGGCGAACAAGAGGAUAUCGACCUUGGAUUAUCUGCGGAAAGCUCACGAAGGCCGUAUCUACUGGUUCAACACGAUCCUCUUUGACAAACCCGACUUACAAAAGAUGCCUUAUUUCAACAGCACCAAGUUGGGCAGAAGAGCAACCAACUACCUUCUCUUGGGUCUCUCCCUACCCACCGUUCUCGAUCUCGUCUGCAACAACCCUACCGACUUUUUGCGAAGUCUGAACCACCUCCUAGCUGAGUUCGAAACCUUCCAACAGCUACACUCGGAAAAUGGCACAGCCUCAGCCAGUUCCCUAUCACGGGCCCGCAUCCCGCAAAUGUUCCGACGAGCUACGCCCAGCGCCAAAACAAGACGAGCAAGUAGUGCGACUGGCAUGGGAGGAGGCAGUAGCAGCACCACCGUGAACGGAUCCAGCACCCCAGCGAUGCCCAUCCCACCACCGACAGCGAACGGCAACGAUCCUAACGACUUUGGUUACGCUCUUGAAUCCGUCCCCUCCCACACGGGUACUUUUGACGAGUCUAUGCUCACCACCACCACCACGAAUUCGGGCGCGGGAAACACUUCCACUUCGACAGAUAAGACGACAUCAACAAGUAGCAGCGGCAUUCCCUCGUCAACCUCAGCAGCAUCAACCGCCCCCUCGACAACAGCGUCCACCAUUGCUGGCGCCCCAUCCUCGGGUCAGACCGCACAGCCAACAACAUCAUCCGCCAAUUCCCCAGCACCCAUAUCCUUCUCGCCAGCCGAGCAAACCGAGCUGCUUCCAGGAGAGGAGUACACACACUUACUAACGCCUAACCUACCGUUUGAUCCGGACUUUUUCGAAACUUUUGCGACAUUGUGUGACGUUUUAAUCGACACUUAUACGAGGCUGCUAUCACUGGUACCCACGCCCAGCCAGUGCAACGGCACAGUGGCCGAGUUGUUUACCAAGGCGGACGCCAAGAUCCGCAAGAUUAUUGUUCAGGGAGUCAUCAAAGAGUUUGAGGAGCAGAGUCGAGCAGGGGUGAGGGCGGAGGUGGGAGCGGUAGGGAGAGUGGUUUUGGGGGGUUUGAUGUGAGUGUUUCUUGUGCGAUGCGUGAUGUUUGUGAUGUUGAUGUUUGUUUUGACCUUGUUUGAUGUGUGAUGUUGCCUUUUUUUUGGGCGAUGGUGUGAUGAUUAUGUUUCUUUUUUGGGCAGGCUUAUGUGUGAAAGCAAAAGUAUUGGGCAGGGCAAAGAAAAAUUCAGGGGACCGGGGGCUAUUGUGUUUCAACGCUUUGGAGUUUCUUUUUGCUUACACUAGCUUCGCGAGAGGUCGUGGUGUGGUUUCAUUAUAUCCUUAUCUGUUACACUUCACUGUUACUACACGCCUGUCUCACCUACGGACCCAAAACCCCAAAAAGACACACGCCGAAGACGUUUAAGGGGUCCAAAGGGGCGGCCUUGCCAUCCAUCCAUGUCCAAAAUGCAACACAACGCAACCAAACUGCCAUGAAACAACGACCGAACGAACGACCAACCAUACAAAGUGGAACACCGAGCUAAUUUAUU